AUGACCCCUAAAAUAGACAUUGACGACGAAUCCACCGAGAGAACCGCUGAUAAUGAAGCUGAAACUGAAGAAUCUCCUGAUUGCAAAGUCGAGGAAAACAGUAGUGAAGCCGUAACUACAGAGGCAGACGAAGAGGCUCCAGAAAAGAGUCUGGAAGAAAUGCGAAAUGAACAAGAUUCUCUGUUAGAAAAUUCUUUUAAAAUCGCCGUCAAGGCAAAGCUUCAGGAGGAUAAGGGAGCUCUACCUCUUCUCUGUUCGACAUUCUUCUCUCAAUAUCUUCUCCCAUCAGUACCAAACGGAAAAGAACUCAAAAUAAAGAAAACUUCUUUCAAGAAGCUUUCCACCUUCUUUUCUGCGAAAGAAAAAGAUGGCAUUUUGAAAAUCGGACAAGUUAGCAGCGGCGUUGAUCAGAUUUCUUCCGUUGAUUUCAAGCACUCGUACUUCCGUGGAUGGCAAGAGUCGGUGGAAGCAGACGAGCCUACUGAAGAAGCUGCCAAGCCGAUGGUUAACAUUUUGGGUUCUUCGUCUACAAAAGAGGAUUACUCUGCUCCGGCGGUUACCCAGCUUUAUGUCGUCUCUGGUCAGGUCGAAAACUUAUUCACGAGUGUUGGUUGCAGGCGUGGUGCAGUUCUCAAUCUUCAGGAUAUUCGAAAAUUCGUAACAAUGUAUAUCGAAGCAAAUGAUUUACGAGGAAAGAAGGAUGUAAAAAUGGACCCUGUUCUUCAUCAAGCGGUUUUCGGAAAAGGCGGUGCAGAUAAAGAAACGGCCUCCUGGGACAAAGUUUUUGGAGGUGUUCAAUCAAAAAUGGGUCCAGCCUACUCUGUCAAGUUUCCUGGACAGCCAACUGCAGCGGUCAAGAAGGGGAAGAUGCCCCGCAUCGAUUUGACGACAAAGAAGGUCUCAGGCAAUAAAAUGGUAUCGAUGAUCACUGGAUUUGAAUCGUUCUUUCUUGAUCCGCAAUUGUUCGCUGACAAGAUGAAAAAGCUCGCCCAGGCAUCGGCAAGUAUCGGAACAGAUGUGAGCGGAAAACUGAUACAAGUGCAAAUUCAAGGAAACCAAGCAAAACACAUCGAAAAAGUUCUAACAAAAGACUUCAAUAUUGAGAAGAAAUUUAUUUAUGUCCUUGAAGCCGCUACUAAAGAGAAUGAGACUGAAAUCAACUCGCGAAGAUCCAAAAUGACGAAGACAAACAAAAAUGACGAGAAUAAAAAUGAGACUUUUCUGAAAGUUGCGCUUGCUUCUGCCAAUAUGACAGUGCUGUUUCUUUUCCAACAGAAUCCAACAGAUGGAGUUUCGGAAGCAUCGCCCGGCGAAAGCCCUCGCCAAGAGAAAAGAGCAGAAAAACCUGACUUCACUGCGCAAAUUUCACAAAACAGUUAUUAUCAAAAACAACAGAUUCCGCUGCAAAUUUCCGAAGGGCAAAAGGAGAAGAAAAAGGGCUGUCACUUGCCGGAUGCGUACGGCUACUGUGGUCGAAUCGCCGUCUAUUUUCUGUACCUGGCUUUUGGGGCAGCGAUUUUCUUAAUGACUGAGCGCCCGAAUGAAAUCGCGCUCUGUGAAGCUGCACAAAACAUAAGCAAUAUCUAUAUGGCGGGGACGGAGGUUUGGAUUUGGAACCAGUUCAAAAAGACUAAGCCAGAAGGUGUCGAUUGGAAUGUGACUUUGUCAGCUGACAAUUAUGUUCUCCUUGUUGACUCCAUUACAACUGUCGCCCGGUCCGUUCCACAGAAUUUCGUCCGAUUGAUAAUUAUUUUUUCCAAGAUGUUUUGCGUGAUCUACGCCUUGUUUGGUGUUCCAUAUUUUUAUUACUUGAUGAAAGUCACUGGAAACUAUCUACACAAAUUCGUCAAGUCCGCUGGUUUCUACCGUUUUCGUGGGAAAAGAACAGCGAUAUCGCUCUACAUUGUCAUCGGUUUCGGGAUAUUUUCGGUAAUGCCGGCGCUUUUCUUCUCAAAAAUAGAGGGCUGGGAUUUCUUGGACGCGUUCUAUUUUACGAUCAUUACUCUGACUACGAUUGGAUUUGGAGACCUGACGCCGACAGCUGAGUUCGAAGGACAAACGCAAAAGAAUUGGAAAUUGCCCGGUACAAACGAGUUCUGGAUGGGUGUCGUAUCGGUUUUCUACAGAAUUGUCUGUCUUUUAUGGAUGCUGAUGGGACUGAGCUGGCUGGGUGGGCUGAUUCAAAUCGCAGUUGACGUUGCUUUCCGAGAAGACAAGGACAAGAACAGAAAGCAAUCAAGCGCAGAAAACAGACAAUUCGUCGAUCAAACUACCCAGACUUCGCCGAACUACAGUUCGCAGGGGUCAUUUUUGCGGAGAAAAGCUUAG